AUGACUGAGAGUGUGGCAGUGCUCGAUUAUGGAAGCCGCUGGCUAAAAGCUGGCUGGGCUUACAACUUUCCAACUGAUGAGGAGCCUCGCAUUAUGACGCCAAGCGCUGUAUAUGUUGAUCAGGAUGGUACAGCUGGCAAAACUGCAGAGCCCAGCAGUGCAUCAGAGUUGCACCACCCUAUACGCGCCGGCAAGAUCACAAAUUGGGACGAGUUUGAAUCGCUAGCUCAUUACACUCUGUACGAGCUACUGGGCUGGGAGCUUGGUAACGAGGGUAGUAUUAUGUUAUGCGAGCCCCUUUUGACUGGCCGACCAGAUCGCGAGACCAUGACACAGCUGAUGUUCGAGGUGUUUAAUGUCACGGGGCUGUUCUGCCAGGACCAGGCUGUGCUUUCCCUGUUCGCCUUUGGCCGCACCAACGGUCUUGUGGUUGACAUUGGCCACGACAAAGUCGACGUUGCGACGGUCACUGAAGGCCUGCAACUAAGCGAGGAGUCCGCCGAGGCGCUCAAAGAGCUAUGUAUUCGCUGCGCAGAUAGCGAAGCCGCCUUCAAUAGCGCCAUCACCUCACCCUCUCCUGAGACCUUCACCCUGCCGGACGGUCAGGCCUUCACUGUCCACAGUGAGGGCCUCCGUCUGGCUGAGGCCCUGUUCCAGCCCACAGCACUGCUCGGCGUCUUGGGACCAAACAUCGCGGAGGCCGCAGUCGACAGUGCCGCCUGCCUACUAGAACCGCUGCUUCGCAAGCUCAUGUACGAGAACAUUAUUCUGGUCGGCGGUGGCAGCGUUAUCCCGGGCAUCUCUGCACGCUUUAUCUCUGAGGUCCGCGCUCUUGUGCCCAUGUCCGCCAAUGCCGUUCUUUGCCCGGCGCCGGAGUACAUGCCUUCGCCCAGCGUCCCGCGCGAUGCUGCCUGGGUAGGCGGCGCUGUGCUUGCAAAAGUGGCCCAGAUCCAGAACCACUUUAUCGUCAAGGCGGACUAUGAAGAGGCAGGGCCCGGGGCCGUGCACCGCCGCUGCACUUGA